AUCAUGUUCACUUUGCGAAUGGCCACACGUUGUUUGUACUCGGCCCCAACAUUGUUGAGGUCGUCAGUUCAAAAAACCGCUUUCAUGAUGACAUAUGCUGGGAUGGCAACUAAAAUUAAAGCCGGUCCCGUUGUUGACAUUUUGGGCGAUGAAAUGACCCGCAUCAUUUGGUCCUCCAUUAAGGACAAAUUGAUUUUGCCCUUCUUGGACAUUGAAUUGCACACCUACGAUUUGGGUAUGGAACAUCGUGACAAGACCGACGAUCAAGUCACCAUCGAUUGUGCCGAAGCCAUCAAGAAAUACAAUGUUGGCAUUAAGUGCGCCACCAUCACUCCCGAUGAGAAACGCGUCGAAGAAUUCAACUUGAAGAAGAUGUGGAAGAGUCCCAACGGCACUAUUCGUAACAUUUUGGGCGGUACUGUAUUCCGUGAGGCUAUCAUCUGCAAGAACAUUCCCCGUUUGGUCAGUGGCUGGAAUAAGCCCAUUGUUAUUGGUCGUCAUGCUCAUGCCGAUCAAUAUAAGGCCACCGAUUUCGUUGUCCCCGGUGCCGGUACCUUGACCAUGACUUUCACACCCGCAAACGGUGGUGAACCCAUCAAAUACGAAGUUCAUGAUUAUAAGGGUGCUGGUGUUGCCAUGGGUAUGUUCAAUACCGAUGAGUCCAUUAUUGACUUUGCCCAUUCCUCGUUCAAAUUCGCCUUGGAACGCAAGAUGCCUUUGUACUUGAGCACCAAGAACACCAUCUUGAAGAAGUACGAUGGUCGCUUCAAGGACAUCUUUGAGGAUAUCUACAACAAGGAAUACAAGAAGGAUUACGAGGCUGCCGGUAUCUGGUAUGAACAUCGUUUGAUCGACGAUAUGGUUGCCUAUGCCAUGAAAUCCGAAGGUGGUUUCGUUUGGGCCUGCAAGAACUACGAUGGUGAUGUACAAUCUGAUUCCGUCGCCCAAGGCUACGGCUCAUUGGGUCUUAUGACCUCUGUGUUGCUCUGCCCCGAUGGCAAGACUGUUGAAUCGGAAGCCGCUCACGGUACCGUUACCCGCCAUUACCGCAUGCACCAACAAGGCAAGGAAACCUCCACCAACCCCAUUGCCUCGAUCUUCGCCUGGACCCGUGGUCUCUUGCACCGUGCCAAGUUGGACAACAACGCCGAAUUGAAGAAGUUCGCCGAAACCUUGGAAAAGGUAUGCAUCGAUACCAUCGAAUCCGGUUUCAUGACCAAGGAUUUGGCCAUUUGCAUUAAGGGCAUGAACAAUGUCACCCGCAGCGAUUACAUGGAAACCUUUGAAUUCAUGGAUAAAUUGGCUGAGAACUUGAAGAAGGCCCUCGCUUGACUAGUAAAGGAAGAUAAUAAGUCUCAUCUUUAGAU